AUGAAGUCCAUGAAGGGCCUGAGCAGUAAGAUGCUCGGCAGCAUCAAGAAGAGGACCGACUCCUCCGGCGACACCGCGAGCGCCACCAGCGAUUCCGCCGUGGACCUACAGGGCGACUCGCCCGAGGCCGUUGGAGCCAGGAGUGUGAAAGCUUUCUGCGAGUCGGGCGGCCCGGAUAAUGCGGGCGACGAGGUCACCUUCCUGCCAUCCAUCGUCGAAUCCGCCGAAUCCUCGCCAACAGCAGCAGCCGAGUGUGCGCGGACAAUACGCAAGUACCUUAAGAAGGAAUACUGGUCGAAACCCUCCUACCAGUACAAUGCGCUCAUGCUUACGAGGAUCCUCUCCGACAACCCGGGACCGACCUUCACACGAAAUUUGGAUGGCAAGUUUCUCGACGUGGUUAAGGACCUGCUGCGGAACGGGCGCGAUCUUUCUGUACGCCAAAUGCUCAUGGAGACGCUGGAUUCAUUCGAGCAUCAGAAGGGCUGGGAUGAGGGCCUCGGACCCAUUAUCGAGUUGUGGAAGAAGGAGAAGGAAAAGGCCUACAAAGCUUACGGAGUACGGCCUAGCAUCCCUGCAUCUACAAAGGAACAAUUCGCCGCACCCCCUACAGAUCCGCACUCGCAGAACUAUUUCGCCAGGAGCCACAACAACAAGCGUCUGCCCAGCCCGGUCGAGCUGGCAAAUCGUCUGGAGGAGGCGCGGACGUCGGCAAACCUGCUGUCGCAGCUGGUAGCCAACACGCCGUCAACCGAGGUUCUCGACAACGACUUGAUCAAGGAGUUCGCCGAUAGGUGUCUCAGCGCGUCCAGGAGCAUACAGGGCUACAUGACCGCGGAUAACCCCGGCCCGGACAACGAGACCAUGGAGAGCCUGAUUGAUGUGAACGAGGAGCUACAACAGGCGCUGAACAACGAGAAGCGUGCGAGGCUGAGCGCCAGGAAGGAACUCGGCGUCGGCGAUCGUUCUGAGAAUGUGAGCCCCGCGCCGGAAGUAAAUGGCUCGAGCCGCCCUCCUAUACCCCAGCCAUCCGGGUCAUACUCUGCUGGAGGGGCGUUCCCCAGCAACGGAGCAUACUCGGGCGACUCGGCGCCACCAUUACCAAGAAAACCACUCAACAAUGGCAAAGGAAAGGGAAGGCAAGAGCCUGACCCAGCAGACUACGUGCCGCCACCACCAGGGCCGCCACCUGGCCAUUCAGUAGCCGGCCCGUCCCGGUCUGCAAAUGCGACACCAGCGGAUGAAGGCCAAGAUCCAUUCCGCGACCCGGAGCCAGCAGGAAGAGGCAAGACGACGGCAGGGCUCUCGUCCACGUCAGGGUCAGGAGCGCCGUUCCUGGAGGAGCCGCGGCUGGCCGACGAGCCGUUCCACCCGGGCUUCGGCGAGCCGACGCGGAGCUACCUGGGCCGCCAGGACAGCGCCGCGAACAAGCUCACCAUGCACGGCGCCGGGUAUGGGUCGUCCUAUCAGGACGAAGACAAGGAGGUCGUGAGCGGGGGCUACGGAGGGUCCUCGUACUCGUCCGGCGGCGGCGCGGCGGCAGGCGGGUCCUCGUCGUCCGCUACGAGGCCGCGCAAUGUGUCGGACCUGAGCGAUGACAUCUAUAAUGCGCCGUCCUCGGGUACACGCGGCGGCUCGUCGUCCGAGGGGAAGAGGCCUGUGUACCGGUAUUGA